AUGAGCCAAUCCCAAGAGGGCAUAUCGUCGACCAGAGCGACCGCCAAGCAAGAACGCUCGGUGAUGGAGAUAGACCAAGCUUUCGAGCGGGGAAAUUUGAUUGUUAUCUUUGGGUCCAUGAUUUCAAUCUGUGCUUUGAAGUGCAGUACGGCAAGAGACAAAACAGGAGAUGAGAAAAUGAAAAUGGCCAAAAAUCUUUCGUGGAAGUCGUUUAUCAUGAACGGAUUUGAAUACCUGGAAACCAACCACCCGGAAGCACUUGAUGAGAGCGAAAUUCGUGAACUGCAGCGGUACAGAGAGUGUCUCCCGUCCCGUCAGGUCAACAUCGGCACAAUGCUACAGGCGGCAGCAUUUCUGAAAUCAAAGCUGGGCGAAAUUGACGACCUCCAGAGAUGGCUGGACCUUCUAUUCAAAAAUCUAUAUGAAGACUUCAUUGGAAAUGGUCCUAAUGAGGUCCUCGAUAGCAUAAAAAUGCUAUACGACUCUAACAAACGCGUCCAAAUUAUCACAACCAGUUAUGAUGAUCUGAUCAGCCGCCAUUGCAAGGCAUCUACCAUAUUGCCUAGCGAAGAAAAGAAAUUAUGGGAUUUCUUUUCAGAUUCAAUCCCGUGGAAAAGCAUCUUACAUACCCACGGGAUUUGGAGUGAGGGCAGUGGUGCGGUGCUCGAUGGAAUUAACUAUUUCGAAACCAGGGCGCCUGUUCUCCAACAGGCUCUCAAAUCAUGCCUUCGUGGCCCUAAAACUCUGUUGUUUGUAGGAACAGGCCAAGGGCUAGAAGAUCCGAACUUUACUAGUCUGUUGAACUGGGCAGAGCAGGAGACUAGAGAUAUCCAUCAACGCCAUUACGUUCUUGUUGCGGAUGCCGAUGGUGAACAGCCCGGGCGAGGCCAGGUUCUGGAACCUAUCAAAUAUGGCCACUACUCUCAGCUUCCAUUAUGGCUUACUGAACUGGCCCAGAAGAGUGACAAAAAUUACACCCCACACCAGGAACCGUUUAUCCCACCGGGUUUACCCGUGUCGGAUGAGUUUGUCGAUGUGCAAUCUGAGACAGACACCAAAGACACUAUCAUCAACGAUCGGACUCAAUACAGGGAUUACUAUUUGCGGAAGAAUUUAGGGUGGAAAAUGAGCAAUGAAAGGAGAAGUUUCCCCAUUUCUUGUCGAAGCGAAGAAGCCAAAGCGUUUGAAAAUACUGUGACAGCGCUGGAGAAAGAUUUGUCUGAUCACAAUAUCCGAUGGACGUCAAUUGACUGUAUCGGACGGUCUGAAUACGGAACGGCUGACCCCAUAAAGUCAACAAUUUUGAUAACCGUGCCGCCUGGACACUCGCCAGAUUACAAAUCACAGUGGAAAUGUGAGUGGAACAAUAAGAAGUUCGACCUCAAUAUUGAAAUUAUGAACGGAGGAAUAGAGCAAGAGUGUUUUGGGAACGCAAAACAGAAAAUGGACCCUCUGGCAUGUGGCUCAUCUUGCGGGUCCUUAAGUCAGCCGCGAAGGACUGGAACAAUUGGAGGUUUCAUUAACCUCACAACCAGCCUCAACGACCAGGAGGACAAGCCGGUGUAUGCUAUGAGCUGCCAUCAUGUAUUCGCACCUGACCAACCUCGUGUCAAGUGGGGAAAUGCAAAAAUUCGGCGACUCUUUGACAUGGUUUACGAACUGGGUGGACGGUCCCGCUCAAGGCACGAGUCGCAAGACAAGAUUACAAUACUCAGUAACUGGAUGAAAGUCGCCUUCGCCUUUCGGGAAGGCGAAUGCCUUGAAGUUUUCAAGGUGCUUUCCAGGAUAGCAGCCGAACGACCGCCGAACCCAGGUCAGAUUUCAUUCAUGGCUCACCUUUUUCUCAAGAGAUUCUGCCAGAGAAUAAGGCAGCUGGGAAGCAAGUAUGAUCUGGAAGUUGACAGCGAGACCUUGAAUCGAUUGGAACCACAAAUUGACGGCAUUCUUUCGGGACUUCAGCUAAGAUUUAGGCUUGGUCCUAAAAUGCUUGAGCGGGAUUUAUUCGCCUCGAGUAGACUCCCGCAGAACUCAGCGAUCCCUUUGGGUGAAACACAUAUCUAUAACGCGCUGUGCAACGAAGGAGAUAUAGCAUACGCCAGUAACCCAUUGACGUCCAAAGGGACCUCUGCUGUGAUACCCCGAAAGCUCCUGAAUUUGUUCGAUCUGGAUACUGUAACCUCUUCCGGGGACCAGUUCUCAAGCUUGGAAGACAUUCAUUGUUUUUCCGAAGAACCAUUGGCACUAUGGAUAAAUACAUGGAACAAAAGAGACGCGAUUUGUGAGGCCUCAAGCUGUUAUAUUGACCAUCCCUCUACGAUGGACAGAGUGGCUACGCGCCAAAACCUUGAACACAUACUAACGGAGUAUGGAAAGUGGGCUGGGACAUCUUCUUUGCCAGUCUCACCAGAAUUGAUGCCGGAACUUGGGGUCGCGAACGUAUCAGAUAAGUUCAUCCGCGCGGCGAAAACGGAACUAGAUAAAAGCGGUGAUGUUGACGAUAAUCGGGAACUGGCAACUAUUGGAGCAAUAUCUGUGUCAAGUGGCCUUGAUGCGAAGCCGGAUCCAUUCGAUCCACAUACCAAGAUGGAAUGGGAAGACUGGGCAUUGGCGAAACUGUUGCCAUUUGUUGAAUGUCGAAAUUUCCUUGACCAUAAUGUCCUUGCCCCAAGCUCUCUCCAGAAAGACGGACAAGAGGUUUUCGCAGUGAGGUCAUGGAAGGAAAAAAGUGAAUGGGACAGAUUGAAAGUCUAUAAACGAGGACGAACGACUGAUUACACCGUGGGGAUUGUUCAUGGUAGGAGAAGAUCUCUCGAGGCACCCCACAGCGCUCAAGGAGUGGCAACCCACGUUAUUGUUUCAGAUGACCCAGAAAGCCCCUUCUCGAAGCGUGGAGAUAGUGGCUCCUGGGUAAUUGAUAGUCAUGGUUUACUUGUUGGUAUGAUAUGGGGAAAGUCUGACUUCGAUGACACGACGUACUUUACUCCUGCGGAUUACAUCUUCAGGUAUAUACCAAAAAGAAUCGCUGACGAUGGCGGCCCCGAGGGUCAGGUUUGUAAAAUACUCCACAAGAUUGCGUGA